AUGGGAAGUGGCACCUCCACUCAACAUCAUUUUGCUUUCCAGAAUGCAGAAAAAGCCUUCAAGGCGGCGGCCCUGAUCCAGAGGUGGUACCGGCGCUACAUGGCACGCCUGGAGAUGAGGCGGCGUUGCACCUGGAGCAUCUUCCAGUCCAUAGAGUAUGCUGGGCAGCAAGAUCAGGUCAAGCUCCAUGAUUUCUUCAGCUACCUUGUGGACCACUUCACCCCCAGCAGCCACAACGAGAGGGAGUUCCUGAACCGCAUGUUCACUGAAGAGAGAUUCCCCAAAGACUCUGAGAUGGAGAAAUGCAAUGACUAUGACUCCAUAGAGGUACCAGCCAAUUACACAGGGCCACAUCUCUCUUUCCCACUCCUUCCGGACCACGCAACUGCCCUAGUUGAAGCUUUCAGACUGAAACAACAGCUCCAUGCUCGCUAUGUCCUGAAUCUUUUGCAUGAAACCAGGAAGCACCUCAGACAGCUGCCAAACAUCAACAGGGUCUCAACCUGUUACAGCGAGGAGAUCACAGUGUGUGGAGAUUUACAUGGCCAGUUGGAUGACUUAAUAUUUAUAUUUUAUAAGAAUGGCCUUCCGUCGCCAGAGCGGGCCUACGUGUUCAACGGUGACUUUGUGGAUCGAGGCAAGGAUUCAGUAGAGAUCCUGAUGGUUCUCUUUGCCUUCAUGUUGGUUUACCCAAAAGAGUUCCAUCUUAAUCGAGGAAACCAUGAGGACCAUAUGGUGAACUUACGAUAUGGCUUCACCAAGGAAGUGAUGUAUAAAUAUAAGAUACAUGGAAAGAAAAUACUGAAAACACUGCAAGAUGUUUUCUGUUGGCUUCCGCUGGCCACUCUGGUUGAUGAGAAAGUCCUGAUUCUUCAUGGUGGUGUAUCAGAUGUGACUGACCUGGAACUUCUAGCUAAACUGGACAGGCACAAGAUUGUUUCCACCAUGAGGUGCAAAAUGAGAAAGGAGAGUGAGAAACAGACAGAGGAUAAGAGAAAAGCCAACCAUUUGAGCUCUCCAGGGAGACCUGCUCCAUGGUUUCUACCCCAAAGCCAGUCUCUCCCCUCUUCGCCCCUGCACCUUAGUUCUCACAAAGCCCACAGAGCUGGACGCUCCUCCAGCAUUCCUUGCAGCACUUCUCUGGACCGGAAAGAGCUCUGCCGACGAGUGCGGCGCUCUGUGGACCUGGAGCUGGAGAGAUGCUGGCAGCAGGCAGGCUUCCCAGUGAUCCAGGAGAAGGAGGAGCCUUUGCUCUUCACGGCAGAGGUAGACUCGGAUGCUGGAGAGUUUCUGGAGCCCACGCAGGAGGAGUGGAAGCAGGUUGUGGAUAUUCUGUGGAGUGAUCCAAUGGCUCAGGAAGGCUGCAAGCCUAACACUGUUCGAGGAGGCGGUUGUUAUUUUGGGCCUAAUGUGACAGAAAAACUGUUACAGAAAUACAACCUGCAAUUCCUAAUCCGUUCUCAUGAGUGCAAACCUGAAGGCUAUGAAUUCUGCCACAAUCGUAAGGUGCUAACCAUCUUUUCUGCCUCCAACUACUAUGAAGUUGGCAGUAACAGAGGAGCCUAUGUCAAAUUGGGGCCAGCCUUGACCCCACAUAUCGUGCAGUAUCAAGCUAACAAGGCAACUCACGCACUAACCAUGAGGCAAAGGAUUAGCAGAGUAGAGGAGUCAGCGCUGAGAGCUCUGCGAGAAAUGUUAUUCGCUCAUUCCUCAGAUCUUCUGGGUGAAUUUAAGAAGCAUGAUGAAGAUAAAACUGGUUUAAUCACCCUGAGUGACUGGGCAACAGCUGUGGAGUCUGUGUUGCAUCUAGGACUGCCAUGGCGAAUGCUGAGGCCACAGCUGGUGUGCAGCUCAACAGAGAGCAUGCUGGAGUACAAGUCCUGGCUGGAGGACUUGGCCAAAGAACAACUGAGCCGUGAGAACAUACAGUCAAGUUUGCUGGAAACACUCUAUCGAAACCGAUCCAACCUGGAGACCAUUUUCAGGAUUAUAGAUAGUGAUCAUUCCGGGUUCAUCUCACUGGACGAGUUCAGGCAGACCUGGAAGCUGUUCAGUUCUCAUAUGAACAUUGACAUCACAGAUGAUUGCAUCUGUGACCUUGCUCGGAGCAUUGACUUCAACAAGGACGGCCACAUUGACAUCAAUGAGUUCCUGGAGGCCUUCCGCCUGGUGGAGCAGUCCUGCUUAGAGGGCAGUACCUCAGAUCGCCCACAGACCACCAACAUUGAUGACAGUGGCUGCAAUAGGCCAGGUGCACACUAA